AUGGGUAUAUACUGAAUAAUGGUUAUAUACUCAAUAAUGGUUAUAUACUGAAUAAUGGUUAUAUACUGAAUAAUGGUUAUAUUCAGAAUAAUGGUUAUAUUCAGAAUAAUGGUUAUAUACUGGAUAAUGGUUAUAUUCAGAAUAAUGGUUAUAUACUGGAUAAUGGUUAUAUACCGAAUAAUGGUUAUAUAAUAAUGGUUAUAUACAGAAUAAUGGUUAUAUACAGAAUAAUGGUUAUAUACAGAAUAAUGGUUAUACAAUAAUGGUUAUAUACAGAAUAAUGGGUAUAUAAUAAUGGUUAUAUACAGAAUAAUGGUUAUAUACUCAAUAAUGGUUAUAUACUGAAUAAUGGUUAUAUACUGAAUAAUGGUUAUAUUCAGAAUAAUGGUUAUAUUCAGAAUAAUGGUUAUAUACUGGAUAAUGGUUAUAUUCAGAAUAAUGGUUAUAUACUGGAUAAUGGUUAUAUACCGAAUAAUGGUUAUAUAAUAAUGGUUAUAUACAGAAUAAUGGUUAUAUACAGAAUAAUGGUUAUAUACAGAAUAAUGGUUAUACAAUAAUGGUAAUAUACAAAAUAAUGGGUAUAUAAUAAUGGUUAUAUACUGGAUAAUGUUUGUAUACAGAAUAAUGGUUAUAUACAGAAUAAGGGUUAUAUAAUAAUGGUUAUAUACAGACUAAUGGGUAUAUAAUAAUGGUUAUAUACUGAAUAAUGGUUAUACUGAAUACUGGUUAUAUACAGAAUAAUGGGUUAAACAGAAUAAUGGGUAUACAGUGCCUUGCAAAAGUGUUCAUCCCCCUUGGUGUUUUUCCUAUUUUGAUGCAUUACAACCUGUAAUUUAAAUGGAUUUUGAUUUUGAUUUUAUGUAAUGGACAUACAUAAAAUAGUCCACAUUGGUGAAGUGAAAUGAAAAAAAUAACUUGUUUCCAAAAAUUAUAAAGAAUAAAUAACGGAAAAGUGAUGCAUGCAUAUGUAUUCACCCCCUUUGCUAUGAAGCCCCUAAAUAAGAUCUAGUGCAACCAAUUACCUUCAGAAGUCACAUAAUUUGUUAAAUAAAGUCCACCUGUGUGCAAUCUAAUUGUCACAUGAUCUGUCACAUGAUCUCAAUAAAUAUACACCUGUUCUGAAAGGCCCCAGAGUCUGCAACACCACUAAGCAAUGGGCACCACCAAGCAAGCGGCACCAUGAAGACCAAGGAGCUCUCCAAACAGGUCAGGGACAAAGUUGUGGAGAAGUACAGAUCAGGGUUGGGUUAUAAAAAAAUAUCAGAAACUUUGAACAUCCCACGGAGCACCAUUAUAUCCAUUAUUAAAAAAUCGAAAGAAUAUGGCACCACAACAAACCUGCCAAGAGAGGGCCGCCCAUUCCCUGGAAGGAGGGAAUUAAUCAGAGAGGCAACAAAGAGACCAAAGAUAACCCUGAAGGAGCUGCAAAGCUCCACAGCGGAGAUUGGAGUAUCUGUCCAUAGGACCACUUUAAGCCAUACACUCCAUAGAGCUGGGCUUUAUGGAAGAGUGGCCAGAAAAAAAGGCAUUGCUUAAAGAAAGAAAUAAGCAAACACAUUUGGUGUUCGCCAAAAGGCAUGUGGGAGACUCCCCAAAUAUAUGGAAGAAGGUACUCUGGUCACAUGAGACUAAAAUUAAGCUUUUUGGCCAUCAAGGAAAACACUAUGUCUGGCGCAAACCCAACACCUCUCAUCAACCUGAGAACACCAUCCCCACAGUGAAGCAUGGUGGUGGCAGCAUCAUGCUGUGGGGAUGUUUUUCAUCGGCAGGGACUGGGAAACUGGUCAGAAUUGAAGGAAUGAUGGAUGGCGCUAAAUACAGGAAAAUUCUUGAGGGAAACCUGUUUCAGUCUUCCAGAGAUUUGAGACUGGGAUGGAGGUUCACCUUCCAGCAGGACAAUGACCUUAAGCAUACUGCUAAAGCAACACUCAAGUGGUUUAAGGGGAAACAUUUAAAUGUCUUGGAUUGGCCUAGUCAAAGCCCAGACCUCAAUCCAAUUGAAAAUACGUAGUAUGACUUAAAGUUUGCUGUACACCAGCGGAACCCAUCCAACUUGAAGGAGCUGGAGCAGUUUUGCAUUGAAGAAUGGGCAAAACUCCCAGUGGCUAGAUGUGCCAAGCUUAUAGAGACAUACCCCAAGAGACAUGCAGCUGUAAUUGCUGCAAAAGGUGGCUCUACAAAGUAUUGACUUUGAGGGGGUCAAGAGUUAUGCACGCUCAAGUUCUGUUUUUUGUGUUAUUUCUUGUUUGUUUCACAAAAGAAAAUAUUUUGCAUAUUCAAAGUGGUAGGCAUGUUGUGUAAAUCAAAUGAUACAACACCCCCAAAAAUCCAUUUUAAUUAUAGGUUGUAAGGCAACAAAAUACCAAAGUGGGGUGAUAAUGGGUAUAUACAGAAUAAUGGUUAUAUACAAAAGAAUGGUUAUAUACAGAAUAAUGGUUAUAUACAGAAUAAUGGUUAUAUACUGAAUAAUGUUUAUAUACAGAAUAAUGGAUAUAUACAGAAUAAUGGUUAUAUACAGAAUAAUGUUUAUAUACAGAAUAAUAGUUAUAUACUGAAUAAUGUGUAUAUACUGAAUAAUGGUUACAGAAUAAUGGUUAUAUACAGAAUAAUCGUUAUAUACUGAAUAAUGGUUACAUACUGAAUAAUGGUGAUAUAAUAAUGGUUAUAUACAAGGUAAUGGUUACAUACUGAAUAAUGGUUAUAUACUGAAUAAUGGUUACAUAAUAAUGGUUAUAUACAGAAUAAUCGGUAUAUACAGAAUAAGGGGUAUAUACUGAAUAAUGGUUACAUACUGAAUAAUGGUGAUAUAAUAAUGGUUAUAUACAAGGUAAUGGUUACAUACUGAAUAAUGGUUAUAUACUGAAUAAUGGUUACAUAAUAAUGGUUAUAUACAGAAUAAUCGGUAUAUACAGAAUAAGGGGUAUAUACUGAAUAAUGGUUACAUACUGAAUAAUGGUUAUAUAAUAAUGGUUAUAUACAAGGUAAUGUCUAUAUACUUAAUAAUGGUUAUAUACAGAAUAAUGGUUCUAUACAGAACAAUGGGCAUAUAAUAAUGGUUAUAUACAGAAUAAUGGUUGUAUACUUAAUAAUAGUUAUAUACAGAAUAAUGGUUAUAUAAUAAUGGUUAUAUACAGAAUAAUGGUUAUAUACAGAAUAAUGUUUAUAUAUUGAAUAAUGGUUAUACAAUAAUGGUUAUAUACAGAAUAAUGGUUAGAUACAGAAUAGUGGUUAUAUACAGAAUAAUGGUUAUAUAAUAAUGGUUAUAUACAGAAUAAUGGGUAUAUACAGAAUAAUGGUUAUAUACUGAAUAAUGGUUAUAUACUCAUGGUUAUAUACAGAAUAAUGGUUAUAUAAUAAUGGUUAUAUACAGAAUAAUGGGUAUAUACAGAAUAAUGGUUAUAUACUGAAUAAUGGUUAUAUAAUAAUGGUUAUAUACAGAAUAAUGGUUAUAUACAGAAUAAUGGUUAUAUACUGAAUAAUGGUUAUAUACUGAAUAAUGGUUAAAUACAGAAUAAUGGUUAUAUACACAAGAAUGGGUAUAUACUGAAUAAUGGUUAUAUACAUAAUAAUGGUUAGAUACAGAAUAAUGGUUAUAUACAGAGUAACCCCUAUUACUAGCCUGUUCAACCUCUCUUUCAUAUCAUCUGAGAUCCCCAGAGAUUGGAAAGCUGCCGCGGUCAUCCCCCUCUUCAAAGGGGGUGACACUCUAGAUCCAAACUGUUACAGACCUAUAUCCAUCCUGCCCUGCCUUUCGAAAGUAUUUGAAAGUUAACAAACAGAUCGAAUCCCACCGUAUCUUCUCCGCUAUGCAAUCUGGUUUCCGAGCUGGUCAUGGGUGCACCUCAGCCACGCUCAAGGUACUAAACGAUAUUAUAACCGCGAUCGAUAAUAGACAGUACUGUGCAGCCGUCUUCAUCGACCUGGCCAAGGCUUUCGACUCUGUCAAUCACUGCAUUCUAAUUGGCAGACUAAAUAGCCUUGGUUAUAUAAUCAUUGUUUUAUACAAAAUAAUGGUUGAAUACAGAAUAAUGGUUAUAUAAUCAUGGUUAUACAGUGGUGUAAAGUACUUAAGUAAAAAAUACUUUAAAGUACUACUUAAGUAGUAUUUUGGGGUAUCUGUACUUCACUUUACUAUUUAUAUUUUUGACAACUUUUACUUUUACUUCACUACAUUCCUAAAGAAAAUAAUGUAUUAUAUACAGAAUAAUGGUUAUAUAAUAAUGGUUAUACACAGAAUAAUAAUGUGAAGAAUCAAGGAUGGAUUGAAGGGCUCUUCUAAACGGAUUAAACGCAUGAAGCUAUUGUCUACACGUAGGCCUAUCUAUUUUAUUUAUUUUUUUGUCAUUUAGCAGACGCUCUUAUCCAGAGCGACUUACAGGAGCAAUUAGGGUUAAGUGCCUUGCUCAAGGGCACAUCAACAAAUUUUUCACCUAGUCGGCUCAGGAUUAGCACCAGCGACCUUUCGGUUACUGGCACAACGCUCUUAACCACUAAGCUACAUGCCUCCCUCUGUUGAAGUUACAAAGCUAUUGUCUACACGUAGGCCGAUCUGUUGAAGUUACAAAGCUAUUGUCUACACGUAGGCCGAUCUGUUGAAGUUACAAAGCUAUUGUCUACACGUAGGCCGAUCUGUUGAAGUUACAAAGCUAUUGUCUACACGUAGGCCGAUCUGUUGAAGUUACAAAGCUAUUGUCUACACGUAGGCCGAUCUGUUGAAGUUACAAAGCUAUUGUCUACACGUAGGCCGAUCUGUUGAAGUUACAAAAGCUAUUCACAUUGCAACACUUCGAGAACUCUAGACAGGUCAGGCAGACAUGAAAAUGUCUGACACGUGUAAGGUUAGUUUGGGACAGAGAGAGAGAGGGCACUAAAGCAAUUACUGUGAGGGCAGAGUGGCUUUUCCACAACACAUCUUACAAAUGGUGGCUCUGAAAAUGUCUGGACUCAUGGUAGAAUGUAAAAUACUGUUGUUGUGGUUAUUGUGUACAAACAACAUUUACAGGAGAUUUUGACUUCAGAUCUAAUAAUGAUUGAAAUGUUUAUAUCACUGACACUGCAGGUUUUACAUAAAUAUUAGUUAUAUAACUUUAUAAAUGCUUGACUUGCUUGACACAAAUGAUGUAUACAUGCUGAAAACCUUAACAGUAAUGACAGACACACACACACACACACACACACACACACACACACACACACACACACACACACACACACACACACACACACACAAAUGAGUCAUAGAGGUGAUGUUGUAUAUGUUUAUCACCUGCAUCACAUCUUCACCUGUCUCUCUGUAGGAUCAUUCCUACGUAUGACUACUAACAUAUUCUCUCUCUUCUUCCUCUCACCUUCCCUCCCUCCCUCCCUCCCUCCCUUCUACAGCGUGCAAAAGAAAAGAACAAGACCCAAGCAAGGAAAGGAACAAUACACCAAAGAAAUCCCGCCUGGUUUUUACUGACCUGCAGCGUCGCACCCUGCUGGCCAUCUUCAAGGAGAACAAGCGUCCGUCCAAAGAGAUGCAGAUGACCAUCUCUCAGCAGCUGGGACUGGAACUCACCACCGUUAGCAACUUCUUCAUGAACGCCCGCAGGCGCAGCCUGGACAAAUGGAUGGACGAGGGGAGUCCGGGAGGAGCCUCCUCAGCCUCCAGCUCUUGUACCAAAGUGUGA